AUGCGAAAAAAGCUUCUAAAAAUUUCUGCAAAAGAUUUAGUCGCAAAAACAGCUAAGCUUGGUUUUUCUACUAACGUAUACCCGUCCGAUAUUAAUGUAUUGAAAGAUAUGAAAUUGGCUUUCAUAGUUUCUGUUUCGAAAUACAAUGUGCAAAGGAACACUAAUCAAUAUACUAUUUCCAAGAUUAGUGAUGAUGAGAUUAUCAUUGAGGAGUUGGAAAAAAAAUUAGAGUUGCAGAGGGAGCUAAUUCACAAUCCUAAUGUCUUCGAUCAUUGUCAACAUUUAAAAAGUAGUUCUAAUAAAAUUUCUCAAUAUCAUUGCUCAAGCUUUCAAUCUCCUUCAGACAUCAAUUAUACAACUCCCCUAUCCAAUAUAUCAAAUGCUUUAUCUAACAUUCCUUAUAAAGGUCAGACAUCCUCAUCCAAACAGUUUUCUCCAGGAGUGCACAACUUAAAACGAAAGUCUUCACAUAUAUCUCCUAUACAUAUAUUCGACCUAACAACAGAUUCCGAGAGAAAAAAUGAUUCUACUUCAGCUAAAGACCAACGAAAACUAAGGAAGUUAUAUUUGGAUAAUAGAAAACUCAAAAAUAAAUCAACCAUAUCAAACGGUCAAACUUCGUCUGCAACGCCAGCUGUUAACACGAGCCCGAAUGGUGAUGUCUUCAAUCAUCGUCAACAUUUAAACUCUUCAAAAAAGCUCACACAUAUUUCGUCUCAAAAGGAAAAUAUCAGCUCUGACAAGACUCGUCAAUAUCAUUUUACAACCUUGCCAUCUCUUUCAAAUCUAAAUUUUAGGAGUCCACUUUCCAAUAUCUCAAAUGUUAUUUGUAGCAGUCGAUAUAAUGCUCCAACACACUUAUCAAAUGAUGAAAGAAAUGGUGGAGAUAUUAUCCAACCCACACAUGUUGGUAUAUCAAAAGGUUAUUUAGAUCAUGGUGAUCAGAAUGUUUGUGAACUAUAUCACGCUAAAUUAUGGAAAGACGAAUCUUCAAGAGGCAAUAAAACAGGGAAUAAAAUCUUUUCUCUCUGUUGUGGUUAUGGGAAGGUAGAACUACCUCCUUUAAAAGAGCCACCGCAAAGUUUCAAACAACUUUAUCUUCAGACAGAUUCCAAAAGCAAAUACUUCAUAAAAAACAUUCGUCGUUACAAUUCAAUGUUUUCAUUUACGUCGAUGGGUGGGAAAGUUGAUUCAUCCAUUAAUAAAGGAAACACACCAUACAUAUUCAUGCUUAGCGGUCAAAAUUAUCAUAGUAUCGGAAGCCUUCUCCCUACGAAUGGAUGUCAACCAAGAUUUUCACAGUUGGGAAGCAAGAAUGCCUCUACAUCAACUGAUGAUUCAACUAAUCUUCAAAUUAUAAAAUAUUUGAAUCUUAUGUUGGAUUCAAAUAACGGGUUGGUCAAGUGUUAUAGGAUGGUUAGAGAUAUUUUUAAUUCAAAUCCUCGUGAUGACCUAAAGUUACGAAUUAUUGGAAAAAGACAACAUGAUGGAAGGACAUAUAACCUACUAACUGCUUCUGAGGUUGCCACUUUAAUUGUAGGAGACAUUGGUGAUUUUAUAGAUAACAAAGACAUUGUAGUGCAAACUUCGUUUGGAGCUCUACGUCGUAUCAGUGAAUUACAUCCUUCUUACCUUGCUCUACAAUAUCCUCUACUAUUUCCAUAUGGUGAUGAUGGUUAUAGAGUUGACAUCCCCCAUAAAGGUGUUACGUUUAUGAGCGAUAGCAAGCGUCCAAACACUACAAUGAGGGAAUUUUUCGCUUACAUAAUUCAAGACAAGGUUAAUUCUUUCUCACUGAUUUUUAAUUCAAGAAGGCUUUUUCAACAGUUUUUGGUAGAUGGUUAUACAAUGAUUGAAAGCGAGAGAUUAUAUUACGUAGGAAAGAAACAAAAAGUUCUUCGAUGUGAAUCUUAUGAGAAUUUGCGUAAGUUUCAAGAUCAGGGGAAUAAGAAUAUUUCGGAAUUUGGCCGACGUGUUAUAUUACCUUCUUCUUUUACUGGUGGUGCACGUUACAUGAUGCAAAACUACUUAGAUGCCAUGUCGCUUUGUAAGUGGUUUGGAUAUCCUGAUUUUUUCAUAACCUUUACAUGCAAUCCAAAAUGGCCAAAAGUUCGAAAAUUUCUUAAAGACACUACUCUUAAUCCAGAGGAUAGACCUGAUAUCCUAUGUAGGUUAUUUAAGAUCAAACUUGAUGCAUUGAUUAAAGACCUACGCGAGAAUGCAGUAUUUGGCAUGGUUCAAGCAAUUGUGUAUGCAAUUGAGUUUCAAAAGCGUAGUUUGCCUCACAGCCAUAUUUGUCUAUUCAUGCAACAGGAAUACAAGCUUCCUACCGUGGAACACAUUCAUCAAUUUAUUUCAGCUGAGAUUCCAAACAUUCACCAAGAUCCUGCUUUGUUUUCACUUGUGAAGGAGUUCAUGAUACAUGGUCCAUGUGGUGCUCAAAAUGUUAAUUGCCCUUGCAUGGUGGAUAACAAAUGCUCUAAAAACUUCCCAAAAAAUUUCUUUGAACAUACCUCGAUUGAUCAGAAUGGUUUUCUUGUAUAUAGGACAAAAAAUGAUGGAUCGUUUGUCGAAAAAUCUGGUGUCCAAUAUCUUUCUGCAUGUGAAGCAUCCUGGCGAAUUUAUGGAUAUGAUGUUCAUUACAGGCAUCCUUCAGUGAUGAGACUUCCUUUUCAUCUUCCUAAUCAACAACAAGUUGUCUACGGUGAAGAUGACGACAUCGACAAUGUACUCAACAAGCCUUCAGUUGCUUCUUCGAUGUUCACAUCUUGGAUGGAGUGCAAUAAAGUUUACAAACAAGAAAAAAAACUAACUUAUGUUGAAUUUCCUACAAAGUUUGUUUGGAAGCUUGAUUUAAAAACUUGGAAGCCAAGGGAGGUUGGAUAUUCGAUUGACAGAAUUCAUUCAGUGUCACCUAAUCUUGGCGAAGCAUAUUUUUUAAGAAUUUUUUUAAACAAAGUGAAAGGACCAACAUUAUUUGAAGAAAUCCGCAUGGUUAAUGGUGAAAUAUGUCCUUCAUUUAGAGAUGCAUGUUAUGCUCUUGGCCUCUUAGAUGAUGAUAAAGAAUACAUCGAAGCUAUUAAGGAAGCAAGUCAAUUUGGAUCCGGUUAUUACUUACGUUUCUUAUUCACUAUCAUGUUAUUAUCUCACAGCUUGACUAGCCCGGAUGUUGUGUGGGAAAAUACAUGGGAAUACUUAUCGGAUGAAAUUUUUUACACUCAACAACAAAAAUUAAAAUCACCAGGUUUAUCACUUAAUGAAGAUCCAAUUAAGAACCUGACUUUGUUUGAGAGUGAACAAAUUUUACUUCGUAACAAUUCAAGUCUCAAAAAAUUUACAAGGAUGCCUUUGCCCGAUGUUGAUUAUGUAUCCUCUUCAAACAAUCGUCUUAUUAGUGAGGAACUGGAUUAUGACAUACCAAAUUUAAAGAAGAAGUUUGAUCGGCUAUCUAUUGCAUUAACAUCUAAGCAACGAAACAUUUUUUAUGAUAUCAUGACUGCAAUAAAGAAUAAUGAAGGAGGUGUUAUCUUUGUCUAUGGUUAUGGUGGAGCAGGUAAAACCUAUCUUUGGAAGAAAUUAUAUGCCGUAGUUAGAUCUAAUUCUCAAAUUGUUUUAAAUGUUGCGUCAAGUGGGAUUGCUUCUUUAUUAUUAACCGGUGGCAGGACGGCACAUUCACGGUUUAUAAUUCCUUUGGUUCUUACUAAGGUUUCUAUUUGUUCGAUACCACCAGAUUGUGAACUCGCCAGUUUAUUACGAAAAGCCUCAUUAAUCAUUUGGGAUGAAGCACCCAUGAUUCACAAGCAUGCAUUUGAAGCUUUAGAUCGAACUUUGAAAGAUAUAUUCAAGUAUCAUAAUCCUAGAAACUCAAAUUUGCCAUUUGGAGGGAAAGUGAUUGUUUUUAGAGGAGAUUUUAGACAAAUUUUGCCUGUUAUCCCAAGUGGGAAACUUGGUGGUUCUAACAAUCGCGAAGCAAUUAUUGAUAUUCCAGAUGAUCUUCUAAUUAAUGAUCCUUAUGAUCCUAUAGGUUCAUUAAUCAAUUUUGUAUAUCCUUCAAUUCUUGAAGCUUCUACCAUUCCAGAAUAUUUUCAAGAAAGAGCAAUACUCGCUCCAAAAAAUGAUGUUGUCGAAAAUAUAAAUGAUCAUCUGCUAGCUUUAUUUCCAGGAGAAAAGGUCGAAUAUCUAAGUUCAGAUAAACUAUGUGAAUCUGAGUUUGUCCAUGAUAACUUUGAUGCCAAUUUAUACUCACCUGAUGUUUUAAAUGGUCUUAAAGUCUCAGGACUACCUAAUCAUAAGUUAGUUUUGAAAGUCGGGGUUCCAGUUAUGUUACUGAGAAACAUUGAUCAAAAAAAUAGCUUAUGUAAUGGCACUAGACUACAGGUGAUAUCUUUGGGCAAACGUGUUAUUGAGGCAGUUAUCAUAACUGGAAGUAAUAUUGGAAAUCAGACUUUUAUUCCAAGAAUGACCUUAACACCAUCUGGAAAAAAAAUCCCAUUCAUAUUCCAAAGAAGACAAUUUCCAUUAGCUGUCUGUUUUGCAAUGACAAUUAACAAGAUCCAAGGACAGUCCCUAUCUAAGGUUGGUUUAUUUUUGAAAGAUCCGGUUUUUACACAUGGUCAGUUAUAUGUUGCCCUAUCUAGAGUUCAAAGUAGAGAAGUAUUAAAAUUGUUAAUUUUAGAUUAG